AUGCAGUGUUGGAACAUUAGAGCUGUGAGCAUGUUUGCCCGUAAUUUGGAGCCAAGAAAGGUUCGUGGGCCUACUUUACUAAAAGAUAUUUGGAAACUUCCUCCGGGGAAGGUAGUUGAUAUGCCGUUUAAUAAUCGUAACCAAGCUAUUGGGGAAAAAGGUCGGAAGCUUGCUAGCUUUCUAGGAAUCAUUGCGAGAACUCCAGAACUAACACCUUUACAUGUAGAUGAUUGGAGAAAUUUUGACAAGGAGGAAAAGAAGAAAUUGGUGGAUUUUGUGAGGAAGAAGUUCUCUAUCCCAAGAAGAAGAGAAGCUUAUGUCCUAAAGUCACUAGGAAAGAAAUGGAAAGAUUACGAGUGUGAGUUAAAAGAUAAAGCUAAGAGGCGUUCCCAAGCAAAUAGAAAUAAUAGGGCCAAUCAAAAGAUGCCUCACAUAGGAGGAUCCAAAAGAAUUGCUACCUUGAUGGAUGAGCAGGAUGUGAAUGGGAUAGAGCCUACACGAGCACAAGUUUUUAUAUUAACUCAUAUAAAACGUAAGGAUGGUAGACCACUGGAUGAUGAUUCUGUCAAGGCAAUUGAAAUGAUAAAUGAAAGGACGAACAAUAGUGAGAGCUCUAUUGACCAACCUCCUCGCGUUGUUGCUUGGGAAGGCGAUGUGUAUUCUCAGGUGUUCGGAAAUGACAAAAGUGGAUAUGUUCGUGGUUUAGGACUUGGUCCAACUCCUUUUGGUCUAUGGGGUAGUAGAUCUUCCGUGGAAAAUAUUGUUGGAGAGGAUUCGUCUAAUGAAGCUGUCCAAAGAUUAACACAAGAGAUAACCGAGUUAAAGGAUAAACACAAUAAAGAAAUGAAUCUGAUGAAACAAAAUCAGGAGAAGAUGCAAUCAGAAUUACUCGAAAUGCGACAAUUGAUGCGCAAAUAUGCUUCUAAUGAAUCUAUGCCUCAAAAUAUCAAUGGCACCUCAAUUGAACAGUGGCCAUGA